CGCUGCUCUAAAUAUACCACGUCAAUUAAUUUUAUGUACACUAUUGUUGUCAGGACAACGGUAUGGAUAGAGUAAUUGUUACGCGUACUGAACGUCGUAAAACACUUUAGUUCUUGGUAUCAGUGAAUUCUAUUAAAAACUUCGUACAAAAAUGUACAAUUACGUAACACCAAUUCUUUAUUUAAAUAUGGGUGGUGAAAUGUUGUAUGUUCUACAACAGAGAUUGAAAGCACAGAAGAUCAGUGUUGAAAAAUCUAUACAAGUGCUGGAAGGUGUAACAACUGCUUUACUUAGUCCUAAAAUACUGUCUUGUAUAUUCGAGGAAGAAUCUACGAGUGGAAUGACUGCUUUAAGAUCAACUUUAGAGGCUGUUGUAUUGUCAUCUAUUGUUAAACUCGAUGCAAGUAGUAUGGACAAAUUAUUUGAUCUCAUGAUCAUGAUGGUGAAAUAUCAGUUAACUGCAGCUACUGGCCCUAAGGAAGUUAUUCUUUUAACAUUAAAUCACACAGAUGCAAUGCGAGAUAUGGUCAGUCAUCCGACUGCACAAAGAUGCCUCGGAAUGCUGCACCAGAUGGUUAUUGACAUAUACGAGGAUUUAACUUGUGAUGAAGUGUGGAAUAUUAGACAUAACUGUUUGAAAGAAUUAGAGACAUAUUGCGUAAGGGUUUCUCUUCUUCUUAGGUUUGGAUUGCAAAAUGAUGAUGGUAGUUUUAACAUAACGUCACGAAAAUACGAUGAAAAAUAUGAAGAGAACAGAAGUACCUUUUUCGACAUGAAGUUACGUGACAUGCAUCGCAAAAGCUCCUGUGAUGGGUCGUUUAAUCUUUAUGGUGAACGUGGUACUAUACUGGGUAAAAAUAUGUAUGCAAUGACUAAUGAAAUGUUGAAGCUAACAAGAAAGGGAGAAAAUGAAGAUAUACAAAAUUGUGGUGCAAAAGCAGAACUUGGAAUGUUAGCCAUUCAAUUAGGGACUGAAGAAGCUUCAUAUACAAGACCUUUUACUUUGAAUUUAUUUUCAAACGAUGUUCAUGACAGUGAAAAUAUUGGAAAAGAUAGUUCCGACUCAAAAGAAGCAGACACAAGUGAUAGAGUUGAUAUCAAAAGUCAAAAAACAGUAUUUAAUGAAGAUUAUAAAACAAAACUUGAUAAUGUACGUGCAGACUUUUCUGAAGACAAGCUUAAUGACUUAGAAAAUCAAAUGUUAAUAUUAGAUAUGCUAGAAAAAGCAGAAUAAUUUUUUGCAAUAUAAUUUUAAGUUAUGUAAUAAAAGCACCAAAUUUUUAUGCACAUUUUAUCUAUAAUUGUAUACAAUCAUUUUUCUGUACAAAUAAAUGUUUCUUUACUUAACAUUAAAA